CCAGCCUGCUGUGCCUUCCCAGCUGAUUGGCUUUCCCCACGCCAUUCAUGCCAGGCCAGUUACAUUUCCUGCUGGAAAUCUGCAGCCUCGCACGCAAGAAGCCCUUCACUUCCAGACAAACCAGGAGCAUGGCCCCCAAGGCCAAGGGCAAGGGGAAGAAAGGAGGGAGACAGAAGAAGAAGCAGCCUGCAGCAGCAGGCGAAGCUGAGGAGUCCCGGAAGACAGCUCUGGAGGUGGACACCCUCAGGAGGCACCUGGUGCUCCGGAGGGAUGUGGCCAGGCAGGCGAAGGCGGACAGCGAGGGGCUGCAGCUGCGGCUGCAGGAGCUGGAGCAGGAGCUGGAGACAGCACGGGAGGACAAGAGGGACAUUUAUGAAGAGAUGAUCCGGCAGUACCAGGAGCUGCAGCGGCAGACAGAGACUCGCAUCCAGUGCCUGGAGGCCGAGGUGACACAGCUCCAGGAGCAGCUCGCCGUGUGCCGCCAGCAGAGCCAGCAGGCCCGGGAGGAGAGUGAGCGGACGCUGGGCGAGAAGGACCGGAGCCUCACCGAGCUGCAGGCCAAGAUCGACACCAUGAAGACUGAGUACGAGCAGAUCCUGCACGGCAGCCUGGAUGGUGUCCUGGCCAAGCUGGCCUCUGCAAAGCUGCGCUGGGAGCGGGAAGCCACGGCCAUCCACAUGGAGCACAAGGAGAGGCUGCGAGACUUUGGCCUCAACCCCCUGGAGAUGUAGCGCCCAGCCUGGGACAGAGAUGGGCAGGGGCGAUGCCCAACUCUGCCAGGCCCCGGGCAGCAGCACCCAGCAAUGUUCCCCUAGGCAUUCUCCCAAGCUGGGGCAGUGCCCAGAGCUGCGGUCUGGCAGCCUGACCUCCCUCCCUCCAGAGCCCAGCUCCGUGCAGCAGGGAGCCUGGGGCACUUGCUGAGACCUGCCUCACCCCGAGAUCAUUCCUGUAGGUUCAAGGCUGCUGCAGUGAUCAGCGGUUCAGAUGAUUUAAUCAGGCUUUGAUUGCAUGACAUGAUUGCAGGGGGUGGGGGAAUGCUGCACCAGGGCUCGCUGCAGGGAAGGGGCAGGCUCUCCCCAUCUUCUGUAGCAGCGGGCACCAUGUCGGGCGUCAGGUGCUCCCUGUGGGCCCAUCCCUGUAGACCCGAGCCAGCUUCUGCUGACCAGACCAGAGUCCCUCUAGGUCAGGUCCAUCCCCAUGGGGCUGGUGCCAGCAUCCAGGAGCUGACCCCAUGGUCCCGAUCCCCCCACCCAAAUUGUUUUCUCCUCCUGCCAGCUGGGUCCCCAGGGUCGGGCAGGGUUGUGAGUAAAGCCAGGACUAGAGUGGCUUCACUGCUUCUGAGCCGUCUCCUCUGUGUGUGAGCAGCAAGUGGGCAAAGCCAGGCUUGGCUUCCAGCUCCAAGUGGGGCAACCAUGCCUGUUAGCAAUCAUUGGGCCACUGCUGGAUGGUUUCCAGGGGUGCCCUCCCAGGCAGAGCCACCGCUGUCCACGGAGACACCUGGGAGCCCUGCUCCUGCGCCAGGAUAUCCUGUG